AUGUCGAAAGUCAUCCUCGUCACUGGCUCCAACGCUGGCAUCGGCUUCUCCCUGGUGCAACAACUCGCCGCCAAGGGCCACACCGUCUAUGUUGCGUCCCGAAAAGAGGAUGCUGGUAACGAGGCUGUAGCGAAGAUAAAAGCGGCGAAUGCGAGCGCGGCCGUGAAGCUCGUCCAGCUAGACGUCACCGAUUCGAAAUCGAUUGCCGCCGCUGUGCAGAAAAUCACCUCCGAUGAGGGGAAACUAAAUGUUCUCGUGAACAACGCUGGCGUGGCCGACUUUACCGUCCAACACAACGCCUCGACGCCCAACCUCGACGCUGUCCGAACUGGGAUCGAGACCAACCUCAUUGGUCUGAUGGCGGUCACCUCUGCAUUCCUCCCCCUCUUGCGCAAAGCCCACACCGCCGAUGUCCCCAGUGUCAUUCUCAAUGUCUCCACCGGCAUGGCCUCCAACACCGUCAUGUCGUCAUUCACCCUCCCCGCGUUUGUCUACCCCGUGAUCGCCUACAACACGAGCAAGGCUGCAGCCAACUCGUACACGGUCGCAUUGGCGUUCGAGCUGCGCGACGAGGGCAUCAAGGUCAACACCGUCUCGCCAGGGUUCACCGCGACGAAGCUGAACGGCUUCGCUGCUGGCGGGAAAACAAUCGAGGAGGGUGCUGCAGUUUUGCUUCCGUGGUGUUUGCUGGGUAAGGAUGGCGCGACAGGCAAGUUCGCGGAUGAGAAGGGCGAGCUCCCCUGGUAG